UGUAAGCAUUGUCAUUGCUUUUUACUAACAGACCUCUCAAAGUAGCUCAAGUAGAUCUCCCAUUCGACCCUUUCUCUCUCUGCCUUCCGUCGCCUCCGUUGGUCGCCGGCGACUCCCCUCGACUGAAAUCGAACCUCCAAAGAGACCAGAAAGAGCAAAGGAUGAACGCGGCGGCAGCGGUGGGAGGAAGGCAGAUGCAGCGAUCGGGCCAUCAGCACCAACGGCAGUACUCCCCCGACCAGUUCCUCGUCGAUUCUUUCUCUUCAGGCGGAGGUGGCGGCGGGAAAUGGAUACAGAGCCUCUCGUCUUCCGGCUUCUCUUCUUCGCAACAGGUGGAGUACUCGAGGAUGUUGCGGAGCGCACAGAGGGGAAUUAGCGGCGAGUUCAUGCUACCCGUGGAUACCUCGACGCCGCCAUUGAGCUCGAGGUCGUCCAGCCAGAAGAAGACCGGCGAUGAUGUCUCGCCGAGCGAACUCAGUCCUGGGAUUUUGGAUCUCCAUUCGAUCGACACUGAGCUGCUUACAGAUAUUCCGGCUACUGGAUUCUAUGAUGGUGCGACGUCAUUUGUGUAUUCGCGAGAGCGUGGCUUUGAUGAGUCGGAGUCUAACAUUUAUUCUAACAAGCAUUUUGGGAAGGCUCCUCCUAUGCCAGAAAAUAUUCUCGCGAAGGGUUUUGCGUUAGACAAGGACAAGCCGGGUUCUGUUGCCAAGAUUAAAGUAGUGGUGCGGAAACGACCCCUUAAUAAGAAGGAAAUAUCAAGGAAAGAGGAGGACAUCAUCGCAAUUGAACAGCACACCAACUCUCUUACAGUUCAUGAGACCAAACUGAAGGUAGACCUCACAGAAUAUGUUGAGAAGCAUGAAUUUGUGUUUGAUGCUGUACUCGAUGAGGAUGUCUCAAAUGAUGAAGUAUAUCGCGAGACAGUGGAGCCAAUAAUCCCAGCUAUCUUUCAGCGCACAAAGGCAACUUGUUUUGCUUAUGGACAAACAGGCAGCGGAAAGACUUACACAAUGCAACCGCUGCCACUACGGGCUUCCCAAGAUAUUCUAAGAUUAAUGCACCAUACAUACCGGAACCAAGGAUUUCUACUAUUCGUUAGUUUCUUUGAGAUUUAUGGUGGGAAGCUUUUUGAUCUGCUAAAUGAUAGAAGAAAGCUUUGCAUGAGAGAGGAUGGUAAACAGAAAGUCUGCAUAGUGGGUUUGCAAGAAUAUCGAGUAUCAAAUGUUGAGACCAUCAAGGAGCUUAUUGAGAAGGGAAAUGCAACCAGGAGUACUGGUACAACUGGUGCCAAUGAGGAGUCCUCAAGAUCUCAUGCCAUACUUCAGCUCGUUAUCAAGAAGUCAGUAGAAACUAAUGAAUCGAAACAUUUCAAGAGGUUAGCGGACAACAACGAAUCAAAACCAGCUCGAGUCAUCGGCAAGAUGUCAUUCAUAGACCUAGCUGGCAGUGAACGUGGUGCAGACACCACUGAUAAUGAUAAACAGACCAGAAUAGAAGGCGCUGAGAUCAACAAAAGUUUGCUUGCCUUGAAAGAAUGCAUUAGAGCUCUUGACAAUGACCAAGUUCAUAUACCUUUUAGAGGGAGUAAAUUGACUGAAGUGUUGAGAGAUUCCUUCAUAGGAGACUCACGCACAGUUAUGAUUUCAUGUUUUUCUCCAAGUUCUGGAUCAUGCGAACACACACUUAACACAUUGAGAUAUGCUGAUAGAGUGAAGAGCUUAACUAAAAGUAGCAAUCCCAAGAAGGAAAUUUCAAAUCUAAGAGAGUCAACUGUUGUGCCCUUAUCUUCAGUUUUGCCUAAUUAUUCUGCUCCUGAAACCAGCAACAGUGAAGUUAUUAUUAAUGAAACAAAUAAGUAUGUGUCUUCCAAGCAUGCUGUGAAGGAAGCAUCUCCACCUGCUAGAGAGGACUUAAGACUAGUAUCAUCUUACUCCAAUCACUCUUCUAAUCAAAGUAGAGGUUCCAGUACUCCUGAGGAGUAUGAUACCACUGAGCAAAGCAAAUGGUCCUCGAGGAAGACAGAGUCAUAUUCAGCAGCAAGCUUUGAGGAUAAGACUCAAAGAGUCACUACCACACAAACAAAGCGAACCGAUAUGUUCGAUAUAAAUGCGGAGAAGACGAAGAGAGUGACAAAUUUGCAGACAAAGCGAACCGAUAUUUACGACGUCGAUGUAAAUAACUUGAAUUCAGAUGAUGACUUGAAUGAUCUUUUAAAGGAAGAGGAAGAUCUGGUAACUGCUCAUAGAAGACAAGUUGAGGAGACGAUAAACAUUGUUAGGGAGGAAAUGAAAUUACUGGAAGAAGUUGAUCAACCGGGUAAUCAGCUAGAUGAAUACAUUACAAAAUUAAAUGCUAUUCUAUCGCAAAAGGCAGCCGGAAUAGUGAGUUUGCAGACAAGAUUGGCUAAUUUUCAAAGGCUUUUGACAGAACAAAAUGUCUUGGUUUCCUCAUUGGGUCCUUGAGCAGCUUGUGCUGCUGGUAAGGCCUUUUAUGCCCUACAAAGUAAGCUUUGGUUGCUCUGUUAUUAGGAUUGUGGCCUCUUAUUUUCCAGUUGAGAUUUUUGUCAAUUUUUUCAUCCCCUUUUUUAUGUGUUAUUGUAGCAGUGGCAUUGUUUGAGUAUGCUGAUGAUGAUAUUGUAAAGCUAUUUGAAUAACGAUUUACAAGUUAAGAUCUGAAAGACAAGAUUUUGUUGAGCAUUGCUGAUGUUUAAUUUUAUUUAUAAUGGCUUUGGUUGGUUCA